AAGAGUAAAGUUCUAUCCUUUCGAUAAUCAUCUGGUUGAGUGUGAGGAAACUCUCACGGUGGUGGCCAAGAGCAUGAGCAGCAACGAGGGAUGUGAUUGCCUCGCCGUGCCAACUCAUAUUUACUCCUCUAAAAGCAUGGCAUGGCAAGCAUUUUUGCCUUGGCUUACGAGUGACAUGCGAGAAGAGAAAACCCCAAACAAUCUCAGCGAUCUCUCUGGGGAGGAUGAACAUGAACCCCUAAACCUUCUUCAUCAAAGCUCCAUUGAAGCCUGUAACGCUCGCGAACCCUACCACCUGCCUCCGUCGACUGCAGAAAUCCCCGCCGUCGCAUUUCGAGAGGUUCGUAGACUUGAGGAAGUUUUUAACACAAUGGGAAUCAUUCGCCACAGUGGUUCUUUUAAAAAGACAAAUGAUAGUGCCAGGCUUAUUAUAACAACAAUUAUGGGAAUGUUGUUUGGAUAUUUUAUUGGCAUUUCCUUUCCGUUUGUUUCUUUAACUAAGAUUAACUUACCCUCAAGCUUUAUAUCAUCUAUUGAUGUAGCUUCUGGCAAUGACCAUCAAAGACAUUCUGCACGUAGUUUCCCUGAAAACCUUGGUUCUGGUAAUAUUCCGGUAACACCCAAGAUAUAUGUACCUACCAAUCCUCACGGUGCAGAGUCAUUGCCACCAGGAAUUGUAGUAGCAGAAUCAGAUUUUUAUUUGCGUCGAUUAUGGGGUGAUCCUAGUGAGGAUUUAAAAAGGAAACCGAAGUACCUGGUUACCUUCACAGUUGGUUUGGAACAAAAGGACAAUAUUGAUGCAUCAGUUAAAAAGUUCUCAGAGGAUUUCCAGAUUAUGCUCUUUCAUUAUGAUGGUCGUACCAGUGAAUGGGAUCAGUAUGAGUGGUCUAGGCGUGCAAUACAUGUCAGUGUUAGAAAGCAAACAAAGUGGUGGUAUGCAAAGCGGUUUUUGCAUCCUGAUGUUGUCGCAGCUUAUGAUUACAUAUUUAUUUGGGAUGAAGAUCUUGGAGUGGAGCACUUCAAUCCUGAGAAGUAUAUUCAGUUAGUGAGGAAACAUGGUUUAGAGAUAUCUCAGCCUGGCCUGGAACCAAACAAUGGAUUGACGUGGCAAAUGACAAAAAGGAGAGGAGACAGAGAAGUUCACAAGGAGACAGAUGAGAAACCAGGGUGGUGCAGUGAUCCACAUCUGCCUCCAUGUGCAGCUUUUGUGGAAAUCAUGGCUCCUGUUUUCUCUCGAGAGGCAUGGAGAUGUGUUUGGCAUAUGAUCCAGAAUGACUUGGUGCAUGGAUGGGGGUUGGAUUUUGCUCUCAGAAGAUGUGUAGAGCCUGCUCAUGAAAAGAUAGGCGUAGUUGACUCACAAUGGAUUGUUCAUCAAGUUAUUCCCUCUCUUGGGAAUCAGGGGCAGUCGGAGAAUGGCGAAGCUCCAUGGCAAGGGGUGAGGGAGCGAUGCAGGAAUGAGUGGGCGAUGUUCCAAGAUCGCCUAGCAAACGCCGACAAGCAGUAUUUUGCAAAGAUUGGUAGGAGUUUACAUUGAAGAGAUGCAAAUACGACUACUUCCAGACAUCCUGUACAGCGCCUCUUUUCUCCCCCCUCCCCAUUUGGCUCUGUUUGUUAAACGGCGGUUGGCCAAAACGCCAAAUCUCCUUUUGGCUAGAAACGCUGCUCUUGAAGCAACGUUUUGAAUGGUGACCCGCCAUUAUACGAACACAGCCAUUCAUAACACCGUUUUGCAGCUAUGAGUCAAUAUAUAUAAUACAAAUUAACUUAUAGAAUUAGUUAAAUACUCCGAAUAUGUUACCGGUAGCGUACGCGUUUAUUGUGUGAAAAGCCGCAUGCUUCAUCUUCGUUUCGUGCAUCUUAAAUACAGAGUGUUUUAUGUU